AGUGGCCAGUCCGUGAAAUUUGACGACGACGAUUUUUGCGGGACUGUCGCGCGAAAGAAUUACCUGCGGUUUGUGUCAAUAUUUACGCCCUCACGUUGCCCUCGGAAGUGAUCAAAGUGGGCCGUGAAGUGUCGCGCAAACAUUUUCGGAGCGUUUACGUGCAAAUUUUACCGUGUUUCGUCGCUUGAAUCGUUAAAAAAGUGAAUUUUUCGGCUCAGGGCGACCUGGGUUUUGGGUUAUGGUGUGUUGGGAAAGUUUUUCGUUCGAAAGUUGGCUCCUUGCUACGUGAAAAAGAGUGUAUCGUGUUUGACAGGGGCCCCGCUAGAGAGUAGUUACGCGAGACGCCAUUUUAGAAUUUUUAUAUUUUGCUUCGAUCGGAGUAAUUUAUCGGGGUUUUGGGAUUUAUCAGUGCCUGGCAGUUGAUUUGAAAAAGGGGCAGAAGUUGUGAGUGGGUUUUUUGGGAAGUGUGAUCAAUUUUCGAAGGGGGAAAUUAAAAGUGUCAAGCUGCAUAACGGAGUCGUAAUGAUUCGGAAGUGGAACGAAAAUGGAUUCCGAAGAUUGGAUUAUGGAGCAGAGAAGUGGUUGUGGUGGUGGUGGCAAAAGUAACUCUCGCUCUCGAGGGGAGGUGAAAUGUUGAUUUAGGACUCUCGUUCAAUGUUUUUGUACUUUUCGACAACGAUCCUCUAACACACGUGGGCCAGUAAUUGGGCAGCAGCUGGCAGAAGGUUAAGUUGACGACAUCAACAACCUGUGCCGAAAUUCGUUUCUGCCAAGAGGAACGACGUGGAGGCGUCGUUUGAACUCAUAAAGGAACACCAGUAUAGUUGUAACAAGAAUUGAAAAAUAAUACACCCACAACGACGAAACGCACAAAAUUCGCCGUAAAAAUUAGGGGGAAGCGAGCUGUUUUGUGAAUCAACAACAGCCAGAAAAAAAAUCAAAGCAAUCUUAGAAAAAUAACAAGCGGGUGGUAAACAAACGUCAACAGAAUCAAUCGGGACAGUAAUGACGACAGUUAAAACGACCCCGCCGGUGGAUUCGAACCCGCCGGGCAAAUCGCCGCUUUCGUCCAGCUCCAGCUCAUCCUCGUCGUCGGAUUCGGACGAUGGAUCGGAUACGUCGUCCGAUUCCGACUCGUCCUCGGUGGCGUCGACGAGCAAAACCAGCAGCAAGCAGAGCUCGGACAAGCAGCAGCAGCAGCAGCAGCAUCAUGCGGCAUCUAAUCAGCAACAGCAACAACAGCAGUCGCAGCAACAGGCUCAACAACAACCACAAAAUCCGCCUCAUCAACUGCAGCAGCAGUUUAGUGUGACAAGCUCGGACACCGCAGGGCUUCGCAUGAAAAUAUCGAUUCCUCGGAACCAGUCCAACUCGACGCCCACCCCUUCGCCCUCGGGAUCGAACCGGCCCAGCUCGUCCACUAGCGUGAGGGCUGCGGUCACCAGUAGCCCAGCUCCGGCCACUCCCGGGUCCACGGCCAGCAGUAGUAAGCCAGCCAUCGGUGGAGAGCAAUCGGCUUCAACGCCGCCAGCCAAGGGGGCAGCAGCAAAAGGGAAAAGUGACUCCAGUUCCGAGAGCUCGUCCUGCCUUUCUAACUACAGCGAUAGUGAUAGCGAUAGCAGCAGUUCGGACAACCGGAACAGUGCGGGGAAGAAGACGAGCUCGUCGGGAAGCGGGCACAAGAAGCGGAAGUUUGUCAAGCGGAAGAAGACCAAUCGAUGUGGGUCGACGAGUAGCAGCAGUGGGAGUGAUGACUCGAGUGAUUCCGAUUCGAGUAGCGAUGAUAACCAGGAUGAUAGUAAGGACGUCAGCCAGGAGAGUCAGGGGCCAUCGACUUGUGGAUCGGUGCCGUUGUCCACGUCGACUCCGGCUAAGCCAAGUGUGGGAGCUGGUGCGAUGUUGGCUAAUCAAACUACUCCCGAUGCUGAUGGUGGAUCGUCGUCGGACAAUGAACUUCCGGCGUUGGUUAAUGCAGCUAUUAUGAGGGUAGCUGAGAGUGGAUCCGAUAACGAUAGCUAUCAGGGGACUACUUCCUCGGCGAUGCCUCUUUACACUUCCUGCCUUUUGCGAGAUUUCGUCGCCAAAACGACAAUGCUAGGGAAUUCGACGAACGCCCAACCUCAACAUGCUUCAACCAGUUUGUCGAAUACGCAAUGUGACCUAAACAGAAUCAAGACUGAAGCCUCGAUGGCCGGUGGAUCUGGAAGCUCGAUCAACGGUGUGGCCUUAGCUAGGACAGAUCCUUCGAUGAUUGUGCCGAUCAAGAGGAGGGGUCGACCUCCGAAAACCUCUUCAAUUGCUCCCGUUGCUAUGACUAUUGUGUCGAAGGGAGCUGUCAAAGCGCAUCCUCACACGAUUAGUGAAUCUCCUGAUUCGGGAAUACUCUCGACGCAUAGCUCGACUGGAUCGCCGAAAACAGAGAAGAAACAACCGAUCGCUUGCAGUAGUAGUAGUAGUAGUAGUCAGAAACGAAAAGGUGAAGUGGAACCUGUCAGUAGUGGGUCGAGUAAAGCAUCCAUUGUGGCUCCUUUAACAAAAUACACUAUUGCGAGCUUGGACAGGAAUACGUAUGCAACGGAACGUGUUUUGUAUCCACCUAGGGGCAAGAAAAAGGCGAGUAAACCGGCUAAAGAGAAGCCUCUUCCACCGGAGGAUAAUCUGGAUCCGGUUUGGAAAAAAAUCGACAUAAGCAAAAAGUUUAACGAACCCAACCUGAGUGGAUACAAAAGCGAUGGAGGGCAGACAAUCUGCUGCAGUAAACAACUGGCUUCUCAGAGUGGCUACAUAAGCGAUUAUGGAGGCGCUCGAAGGAGACGAUUAUCCGGCUACAAAUCGGACUGCAGUACGAAAUCGCGAAAGAGCUGUGGCUACAAGAGUGACUACAGCGUCAAAGCCAAGAGUUGUGGCUAUCGAAGUGAUUGCAGCACUCGACACAGGAAGCAAGUAAGGAGAAAACGUCGGAAAAAGAUUGUGCCGAACAAUAACAAUAUGAACAACAAGAACUUUAACAAGUCUGCCAGCGUUAGUGAACAAGACAUUCUUCAGCUAGCCGGACUAACUUUGGGAAGCACUAGCGAGGAAAGCAGCAGCACAGAGGAAUCCGAAUCUUCCGUCAACGAUAACAAUAGCAGUGUACCGCUGAGCAAGCCCCUGCAAACCACCCCAGAACCCAUAGUUUCAAAUAAAGAAAAAAGUAUCAAGAUGCUUCUAACUCCCAAGAACAAGGUAGACCCACUGCUGCCUAUCAACAACUUUAAGGGAAUCUUCCAGUCAAUCCACAGGUUUGGAAGCUUUGACACCUUUGCUUCCAACAUCAGUCCGAAGAACUCGUUUGCUAGUUUCCUCAAAAGCAAUCGAAAUAAAGACAAUGGCAAGAUGACAGUCAAGAAACUACCACUUUCCAAGGCGAAUGUCAUCAAAAACUCCGAGGAAUGUAGCAAACGGUUUCAAAGGUCUACCAGCCAAGAUCUGCUUAGUCGCAUCACCAACGCAGACAUUCCGAAAGCUUCACCCGCCAAAUCCGUGUGCUCCAAACGAAGUCGUCGAAAGAGCUGUGCCAGCGAUAAACUGGACAACGUUUCGGUCAAAAGCUACGGAACCACAAUUCGGAAUCGUCGGAUGAGUACGAUGAGUAGGUGUAGCAGUAGAUCGGCUGGAUCGAGACAUCCCUGGCGAAAGAGGAAGCGAAAGCGUUUACGGUCCAAUUCGGUGGCGAAAUCUUCCUCGGACAUCAAGUUGAGCAUGGAGUUGGAGCGUUUGAGUGAGUCUUUCAACAGUUUGUGUCGAAUCUGUCCCGCUAAAGAUACUCUAUUAGGGAUUGGAGCGGCUGCUCUUGCUGGAGCAGCUGCAGCUAAGAGCAUGCAGAAAGGUCGAUCCAUGAAGAAGCGUAAAGCUUCGGAACACGUUGAAUCUCCUUCGACUGCUGCUAGUGGAACCAAACGGCGGAAUAAGAAGUCAGUAACCACUCAGAGCCCCGAUGAUCAUAAACUUCCGUUGAAGAAGCGUCACUAUUUGCUCAGUGAGCAGACGCCUAAAGAGCGUGACACCGAGAAAGAGGAGACGAGAAGUCAAACGGUUAUCAACCCGUGCGCAGCUAGUGGAAGUCGAACGAACGUGGCGUCUACCAUUACUUCCACAUUUUCUUCUACAUCAACCAUUAAAGAUCCCACCAAAGCAAUCACUCCGAAGAAGCGUCAUCUGUUAAAGUCCGAUCCCGUUAUACCGGAGGACAUAGUCCAAAUCAAAUCCAGCGACUCUCCACUUACGAUUGAUGCUAGAAAUGCUGACCUAACAGCCUUGGAUACAGCUGCUUCAGGUCACAAGAAAAGUGACGCCCUCACCCGUAAAAAGAACCGCCUCGAAGGCUUGGUCUCAAAAAUCCAACCAACCGCCACAGUUGCAGCAAUCCUAGCGGACAAUAACAUCCUCGCAGCGGCUACCCAUCGUUCGACUCCUCCAUCCCGUCCAUCUGUGAUCCAUUCGUCAGCCUCCAAUACGCAAACCACAACCGCAAUCUCAACAUCCUCUUUAAACGCUCCACCCCCAGGCGUUUUCGAGCCAACGGUGGAUCUGGAACUAUCCAUCCCAGCGUCCAUUCCGUCCCUGAUUGCCAAAGUUGAGAUGCUGGAUUCACCUCAACUGAAGGACGGCAUCUCCAAGCUCGAUGGAGACGAUUCGUCGAAGAAAAGUUCGGAAAAGGUAAUCGAAAAGCUGCUCACCAAAACUGGAGCCCAUUUGCUGUUGAAGAAGAAGCGAAAGAAGAUCAACCGAACUGGUUUCCCCACCGUUAAGAAGAAGAAAAAGAAGUUGGUUGAGCGUGAUCCAGCCGAAGGGGAUGUUAAGGCAGAGCUUGGGCCGGAUUUGUUCGAUUCCUCGAAUCUGACCAGACAUGUGCCGUCGGAGACGGAGAAGUCAACUAAAGCGAAGCAAAAGGACACUCACGUCAAUUGUGAUCGAGUACCGAAGGAGGGAGAACCAACCGAUAGUUUCAUUGAGCGGAAUACAAGGCCUCGAUUGUCGGUAGUUAGUUUGGAGCGAUUGCAGGGAAAACUUCCUCUGAAUGGCAGGGAGGUGGUGAGUCCAAUUACGCCUCCGGCUACCGGAGCUGGAAGAAGGAGGAAGUCGGUGUCUCAAAAUUUGGCGAAUGCUCUAUCCGACACUGAAGGUUCAUUUGAUAGGAGACAGUUGCGAGGAAAGUCCAAAGAUAAGAGCGAACUGGAGAAAAGAGAUGAAUCGUUGUCGAAGGGGAAAGAGAAGAAGUCUAGUUCGUCCUCGAAAUCGCUGAAGAAAGAGAAUCUCGAGAAGCAAGCGAAAGUUAAAGAGGUUCAACCGGUGUGCCAAGACGAAGUUGAUAAGUUCAAAACGAGAGAGCCCACUAAGAAGGAUAUGACGGAGAGAAUUUUCAAGCGAAAAGAACAUCUCCACCAGAGGAAAGAACCGGUCGAACAGUCCAUGCCGAAGAAAGAAUCGUUGGACAAAGCAUCAAGUGAAAAGCAUUCGAAAGCAAAAGAAGUUCAGCAUCCGAAGAAAGAUAAAUCGGCAAAAUCUUCCGAGGUUAUUCAACACGUUGAAGAGAGUACGUUAGAGAAGUCCCAGGUGGUCAAUGAAACGCAACCAACUAAGAAAGACGUUGGUAGUAAGCAAUCGAAAGUUAAAGGCAUUCCACCGCCUAAGGUAGACGAAUCUGAAAAGCAUUCGAGGGUAAAAGAUAUUCUACCCAUCAACAAAGAAUCUUUGGAGAAGAAAUCACGAACAAGAGAACCACUUCCAAGUGUGGUACCGGAACCUGUUCAAAAUACAAUUGAGGUCACGAAAUCUUCCAAAGCGAACAAAGUUGAAAAGGAGUCUACUAAAAUCCCACCCGUAACAGUGAAAAAACCCAAGACUGUCGUCGAAGAGGUGAAACCACUCCCGCUUAGAAGGACCAGAAGUUCUUCCAUUGCUCUCGAUCCAUCAGAACUUGCAAAGCGUAACGCAACCCAAGAGCAAGAAAUCGUGCUGAAAAACGCCGUCAUAAAAAUACUUCCCUGUUCCAUUACCCAAGACGAUUCAGAUUCACUGGAUUCGAUGCCACUGCUUAAACGUCUCCAAUCGCGAUCUGUGUCCAGGCAACAGCUGGCAGCGGCAGCCGCUUCAGAAGCAAUGGAGACAACACCAACCCCUGUAUCACCCAAAACACCCACCUCUCGCGCCCGAGGACGUCCAAAAGGUGGAGAACCAGAUAUCCCAGCGCCCAUACCCGUUACACCAACCCUAGCCGAAAAAUUGAGCAAACUUCGUCGAUCACGCAUGAGCGUUAUCGACACAUCAUCGAGACGAUCACUGCAGAACUCCCUUUCUCCGGAACCUCAACCAGUUAAGGAGACUCGAUCUGCAGCUGCUCGCAAAUCAUUCUCAAACGAUCCCGUCCCGGAACCUUCCCUGUACGACAUUCCACCUGUCAAGAUCAUCAUCACCAAGAAGGAUCAAAAAGCGGCUGUUGCGUCUACAGUCGAAAGAAAACCUAGGGAAUCGGAUAAGUCUAACGUUCUGAAUAGCUCAUUGGAGACGGCAAUUCGGGAACGUACCAAAAGUCGAUGUUCAAGUAGACUGGACUCGGUAGUCGAUCGGUUGCGAAGGGAGCAGAAGAAGGUAGAAGACCCCGCUCCACCAAUGGCAUCUCCGUUGCAAAAAUUGAAACGCGGAAAAAGCGAUGACUUCAAGGUUGACGCAGAGAAAGUUGUGAAGAAGAUGCGAAGAGAUACUGCCGAAGCUAUCUCGCAGGAGGUCGUUGUUCCGUUGGUUCGCGUUGACCUUCAACAGUACGACAUGGAAGAAUCGGUGACCCCGCUGGAAAAUUUACCUUCGGCAUCAUCAUCGAUGGAGGAAGAUUUGGAGCACGAUCCUCUGCCGGCGGAGGAAGGUCCUCCGGAUUACUUCCGAGAAGAAACUCCCUCGCCACCGGUCGAUGGGAAGAACAAGAAGGUUCCACGCAAGAAGUAUAUCACUGCUGGAUUGUUCUCCGAUUGCUACAAAGACGACGGGAAAGGUGCCGGUAGAAGUGGCCCGAAGGUGCAGCCAGAAACCUUACUUCCACCUCCGGCUUAUUGCGAAAAAUUCUUGCGAAGAACGCAGCGUGAUUUUCAGCUUCCUUUUGACUUGUGGUGGGCUUUCGAAAAUAGGAAGUUGACCAAUCGGCACACAGUGGCUAGCUGGAACUACAAAAAGAUCCGUACUAAUGUUUACUACGACGUCAAGGCUAAUCCUUCGACGGAUCAUCCGCAGUGCAACUGCAAACCUCAAACCGGUUGUAUCGAGGACUGUCUGAAUCGUAUGGUCUACGUCGAGUGUGAUCCGGAGAACUGUCCGUGUGGUGAUCGCUGCAGGAACACCAAGAUUCAGAGACACGAAUACGCUCCAGGCUUGGAGCGAUUUAUGACCGAGAAGAAGGGCUGGGGAAUCCGUUCGAAAGAAGGCAUCAAAAAGGGAAUGUUCAUUAUGGAAUAUCUCGGAGAAGUAGUCACCGAUAAAGAGUUCAAGGAGCGUAUGCGUACAAUCUACUUAAACGAUAUGCAUCAUUACUGUUUGAACUUAACCGGUGGACUGGUCAUCGACGGUCAUCGGAUGGGAAGUGAUUGCCGCUUCGUAAAUCAUUCGUGCGCCCCGAAUUGUGAAAUGCAGAAAUGGUCCGUCAAUGGUUUGUUCCGGAUGGCACUCUUUGCCGCUCGCGACAUUCCUGCCUACGAAGAGCUAUCCUACGACUACAACUUUUCUCUGUUCAAUCCAUCCGAAGGCCAACCUUGCAUGUGUGGCUCGGAUAAGUGCCGUGGCGUUAUCGGUGGCAAAUAUCAACGUGUCAAGCCACUGCCAGUAGCCACGGAAAUGAAGAAACCUCUAGAGGCGGUUGAAGCAGAGAAAACGGUUUCAACUACAGCCGCUCCGACAGAUCAAAGUCCAAGAAGUGCAGCUCGGUCAAGAAAACGUCAGGCAAAGAAAAACGCUCCAAUUACGCAAUUGAACGGCCAACCUCUACCCAACUUUGUUCCACCCACCCAAAAAGAAAGAUCCCUGAUCAUCGAACAUCACUGUUUCCUGCUGAGGAACUUGAACAGAAUUCGCAAGAAGGAUCGUUCACCGGAACAUUUGUCUGCAUCGCAAACUGCAAGUCCUGCGUUGGGAUCUGGUCAAAACGCUCAACAGGGCGUUGGCGGAAAACCUUCACUGGCUUCGCAGAUUUCUGCGCUACGCUGUCCACGAAACAUCCGCACUCGCGGAUUGGCCUUCGUCGAAGAUGAUCCGGAGCUGGAGAAAAUCGCUCGGAUUGCCGUCGCGCUCAAAGAGAUCUGCCUCGAGAUCGCUAGCUUGAAAGAUGAACGGGGUCACCUAUACCUGAACCUGCUAACGCUGCCGUCAAAGAAGAAAAAUCCUCUGUACUACGAACGUAUUCCUCGGCCGAUAGAUUUGGCUCAGCUCCAGUCCAACAUCGAACAGGGAUCGUACAAACAACCGAAAGCAUUCGAGGACGACCUGUUGAUAAUGUUCAGCAAUGCGGUUAAAUUUUUCGGCAUCAGCUCACCGGAAGGUGUUGCGUCGGAAAAGUUGAAAGAGCACUACUUCAUCUGCAAGCAGCGGCAGGUUGAGCGGUUGAUCGCGUAUGUUGGUGAGCAGAAUGAGUUGUUGAGAGGUUUCAUCCCGAAAACAGAACCGGAACCUGUGGCACCGGUGAAAGGUCGAGGCAAGUUCAAACAGGAACAGGCUGAAGAUAUCAUUCGUUGUAUUUGUGGACUGUUUAAGGAUGAAGGCAUGAUGAUCCAGUGCUCGAAGUGUUUGGUUUGGCAACAUGUUGAGUGCACAAAGGCCGAUCCUGCCAUCGAGAACUAUCUCUGCGAAAGGUGUGAACCCCGAACAGUUGACCCGGAGAUUCCUCUCAACGAUUACACCGACGAGGGUUAUCAGUAUUAUAUCUCGCUGAUGCGGGGCAACCUGCAGAUAAGACAGACGGAUACGGUUUACGUUCUACGUGACAUUCCAAUGUCUCCGGAUCCCGACAACCCCAAUGGUCCUCAUAGGAAGCACACCUACAAAACGAUCGGUAAUAUCGAUUACGCUGAGUGCGACAUUUUCCGGGUUGAGAGUCUGUGGAAAGAUAAGGAAGGUCGGCGGUUCGUUUACGGACACCAUUACUUGAGGCCACACGAAACGUUCCACGAGCCUACGAGAAGGUUCUACCCCAACGAAGUGAUGCGCGUCCCACUGUACGAAGUGAUUCCAAUUGAACUGGUCAUGGCUCGUUGUUGGGUUUUGGAUCCAGCAACGUUCUGCAAGGGUCGUCCGGUGGAUAGUUCUGAACCACACGUCUACAUCUGCGAACUUAGGGUCGAUAAGAGCGCUCGUCUGUUCUCGAAAAUCAAACACGCCCAUCCGAUUUGCAUGAAAUCGUAUGCGUUCCACAAGUUCGAGCAGAAACUGAAAAUUUCCAAGACUUUUGCGCCACAUGACUUGGGAUCCCUCGCGCAUCUCCUAACGGCCAAAGACAACCGGAAGAAAAACUCCAAGAAGGACGACUCUACCUCGACGGUUUCCGGAGCGUCCGGAUCUUCCGGCUCGAAAAAGAUGACACCGAUCAUACAGCUGUUGCCACCACCGCCGAAGAUUGAUCCAACCAUCAAUACUACUACUUCUACUAGUUCUGCUACCACCACUACUAGUACUACCAUCAACAGGUCCGAGGGCGCUACCUUGCUACCUUCAAAUGAGACACUGGCCGAAAAGCGCAACCGACUGGAGCAGGUCCUGGCCCGACUCAUGAUCAAGAUGACGUUGAAUCCUGCGGCACUGCCGGCCGUCGACAUCAGCUACCUGCUCACCGGAAGGGGAGCCCGAUCCCGGAGAACCAUCGCCAAUGCCACCCCGGUGCCGGCCAUUUGAGAGUGGGUCCGGAAGCGCCGCAAGCGUCGAAAAUGGAAACGUUGCUACAGCUAAGGGCGCUGGAGAUAUUGACGAGGCCACCGCAUCAUCGAUGAAGGACUUCCGAUUAGGAUCUUUAAACUUGGGAUUUAAGCACGUAUUUAAAUCGUUUGAAAAGGUUGAUGGGUUUUAUCGAACAGACGCCUCAGCAUUUGACAUUUCAGUCAGUGUGCUACUUUCCGUAGGAACUUGUCUUUGAAAGUCUUCAUUGCUCGAAAGAAUCCAGAAAAGAAUUGUAAAUGAUUCUACAAGACCUUGUAUAAAAAUGCCACAGCGUAACGCAAUUAAUUUAAUUUAAUUUAUUUUAUUAGAGAGGCUUGCUUGGUAGAUUCGCCUCUUGCGUAACGCAAUAGCGAUUGCUAAUCUUUACCUGUGGCACCUCCGACACUGAAUGAAAUCAUCAUGUAGAAAAUACUAGAUAUUUCAGAAAUAUUCAAAUUGAGUUUGGUUUUCAGAUUUCAAAAUUUAAAAUCCUUGUCUAAACUUUUAAAAAGUUCCCAGCACAUCGUGAAGUGUCAAAGUGGGGAUUCAAUCAUUCAUACUGCAUGCUACUAUCAAUUACUCAAUCAAACUUAAACCCUUCUUAAACUUGGGCAAACAUUGAGUUGACCAUAAAACAAUCACACUAGAAAUGGAAUCAUUCACAAACACCCGUCGUCGCGUCCACCGUUUGAACAUGAUAACGAAUAGUACAGAUUUUUUGUUUAUGGUUUUUGUUUGUAAAUAGUAGAGUUGUUCACUACAGCAGCAACAACGACAAAUAUCAUCUUUAUUAUUAUUAUAACCUCCCGAUGUAGAUUGAUUAGGGUAUUUGACGUUUGGAUUAUAACACACACACAGAUUUGAGUAUGUUUAGGGUUAUGUUUAUCAGCAGCACAUUAAGUUAUUUAAUUUAUUUAUAUCAGCACCGUCGUUUUUGUUUAUACAUUCUUAUAUAGCAAAUAAACUUUGUUUUUGUUCAUAUAGAUUUUUUUUUGUUUUUAUUUCCUCCGGAACAUCCUCGUCCACAUUCAUUCAUGUGAAUUGAUCCCGUUUCACCUUUUUCCUCUGAUUGAUACCUUAUAACUUUCUAUAUUAGUCCAAUCUAAACUUUCUGUUAAUGAGUAAUUUUUAGCUAAACAAACUAUCAAGUAUUUAAAAAAUGUAUAUAUCAUCUAAAACCUUAAAAGAGGGAUUGAUAAGUAUUCUUGAAGUGUGUGUUAACAAACACACAUUACUAAAACAAACCGAUAGCAAUGGACUGAAUCAGAGUUGGAAAUUAAUAAAUCAUAAAGAAAACAAACUUAACUAAAAAAAAGAGAUUAGCAAACAGGAUCUGUGCAGAAGAUGAGAAGGACGGAAGAAGAUAAUAUAUUUGAUAAGAGAGGCAGAUUUUUUAUAUUUCUAGCAGCGCUAUAUAUAGGAGUUUUUAAAAUUUCCACCCUUCACCCAAAUCUAAGAAUAAAUAAUCUAAUUAAAGUGGGUUGAAAAACUACAAAAAACAACAACAGUACUAGUAGGUGUAAAAAUAAAUUAAACAAAUAAACUAGACAUUCUAUUUGAAACAAUACAACACUAAAAAAACACACUUUACACUUUCACUCACGAAUCACUACAAACCUACUGAGGGUCACAUGGUAACAAUUAUAGAGAACAGAAAAAAAUAACAUAGCCUAGCGUUAGCUUGGAGCAAAUAAAAAUGUUCACGGAACUGUACCGCAAAAUAAAUACACAAAAUUAUUGA